AUGACGAACUUUACACAUUUUUCAUUUUUUACGCUUGAUGCAUAUUUCGAUAUCAAACAGCUGAGAUACAUUUUAUUUAUGUUUGUGCUGUUUCUGUAUGUUCUGAUCAUUGGUUCUAAUGUGCUUCUGAUUGUGCUGAUCUGUGUGAACAGGAGCUUACAUGAACCUAUGUACAUGUUUGUCUGUAGCCUUUUUUUGAAUCAACUGUAUGGCAGUUCAUCAUUGUUUCCUUUCCUGCUGGGUCACAUGCUGUCUGACACUCACACUGUUGCUGUUCCACUCUGUUUUAUGCAGAUCUUUUGUCUUUACACAUAUGUUGGCGUGGAGUUUUGUAAUCUAGCCGUCAUGUCUUAUGACAGGUACCUAGCUAUCUGUCAUCCUCUGCAGUAUCAAUCCCUGAUGACCAUGAAGAAAGUUGCGGUUCUUAUUGCCGUAGCCUGGAUUACUGCCUUUCUGAUCGUUGUUAUUACAACAUCUUUGAGUUUCUCUCUGCAGCUCUGUGGAAAUGUCAUUAAUAAAAUAUACUGUGAUAACUACUCUAUAGUUAAACUGGCUUGCUCUGAUACUACAGUUAAUAACAUUUAUGGACUCAUUUCCACUGCUCUUAUUGUUUUUGUUCCAUUUGGUAUAGUUCUCUACACGUAUCUGAGAAUCCUCAAGGUUUGUUUCUCUGGAUCUAAACAGACCCGACAGAAAGCGAUCAGCACAUGCACACCUCACCUGGCCUCUCUGAUUAAUUUCUCGUUUGGCGUUUGCUUUGAGGUAUUGCAGAGCAGGUUCAACAUGAGCAGCGUGCCUCAUGCCGUCAAGAUAUUUUUGUCACUGUAUUACAUAACAUGUCAGCCACUGUUCAACCCUGUGAUGUAUGGCCUAAAGCUAUCAAAAAUACGUAGCUCGUGGCAACGACUGUUUCGAUAA